CUUCGAGAAACUUUUAGUAUAAAAAUCGUCUCUCUCUUAAAAGCAGAGUUUGAGUGGUAUUGAAUGAAUAUUACGGAAUAUUAUUGAUAAUUGAAGCUCCAUGAAUCGUAAAAAGAUGGAAGACGAAGAAAUCUCGGAAGAAACGGGGAGAAGUGAUAGCGUUUCAUUCGAACAAGACAAAACAGAACAAGUUUCCCCCUCGGAUUACUUUUUGAAAUUAUUAGAAAGGGAAUCGUUAUCACUUAUUCCAACUUACGUGAAAAAUAUUCUCCGAUUGAAUAAUUUUCUCAACCCCAUGGCAUUUCGUCACAUUUCUGAGGAUACGAUUAAAGAAAUGGAAACAUUUGCUCGAGACGAGAUGGAGUUCUUUUUGAAACCAGAGGACCAUCGACAAGAUUAUUAUCACAACUACCAUACUUGUCCGGCAAAAUUUCAAUUUGUCAUGGGAGACAAACAUUUGCUUCUAGAAUUAGCGAAAAUUGUGGAAACAAAACCGUUGGAAUUUUGGAAAAUGCCUGAACGUUCCGCUACUCCUUCGCAACAAAAAAAGCUUUCACAAUUAUAUACUUCGGGAAAAGCAUCUAGCUCGAAUUUUUCAGUGCAAGUAGAGAAAGGUGAUACUGAGGAUGAAAGGAAAACUCUAUCGAAAAUUGUAAAAAAAAUUUUGGAGGAUAACGAUGGAGAAAAUAUGGAGAACAAAUGUAAGAGAAUUUCAACACAAGAUCUUGAAAUUCAAGUCUCAAUAAGCGAAAAUUAUGGAGAAGACGGCUUUCCACAGUCGUACACGUACCGAGCAAACAUUAAAUGCCCUAAGUGUUCGUUCAUCACGAAACUCACAAAAUGUGGACACAUCGGACAGCGAGGAUCAAAGUGGGUCCUGUCGAACUUUCGAAGACACAUAAAAAGUCACCAAAAUCUACCAACUGAAAAAUCCAAAAAACGAAAAAGUUCAUCCAUUGUGGAGGUUCUUCGAGCAUCCAAGUGCAAUAAGUUAGAAUCGAACACUCUUGAUAAACCAAAUUCAACUGAUGAAAGAUCAAUCAAAAACGACAAGAUCUCCGAAUUCAUUCCAAUCUUGUAUUCACCGGGAAAAGGUCGAGAAGAAAUUCGCGCCAUCGAAGCAUCUGAAAUAUUUCGUGAUGCAUCUGAGAAUAAAUCAGGUAAUUAUUUUUAUUUAUUCACGUAAUUAGCAUUUUUAUGAUACAAUAACUUUUAAUUCUUUAUACAAUUUAACAGAUGAAAAAUCGACCAUUACCGAAGUUGAUAAGACAGAUUUGACGUCGUUGGAUUCCCCAUCAACUUCAACGGGAUUCAUUUCGAGUUCUUUUGACCUCCUCUAUGAUCAGGAGAAA